CCAGCGCUGCUUCCUUCCCCAGCAGUUUAAGUGCUCUACUGGAUAAACAGGAAGGUUUAAUAUCUGAGCCAGUGAGCAUAUUCACAGCGCAAUCAUAAGAUCUUUGCUCAACACACUUGUUAAAGAGCCAGGGAAGUCUGAAUGUGACAGCUAAACUGUGAAAUCCUGACCGGGAGACGGUAUCGCCAUCUGCCAGGAACUUACAGAAGUUCGUUGAGAGAAGGGAGACUUUGGGACUGUCAGGGAACGGAAACCGUCAAAGAUUAAGGAUUAACAAAGAUACUGGAAGUUUGUGACUUUAUGUGGCAACGGUCUGACAGCUGGCUGGGAGUUUGCUAGGCAGUUUGGCUGUAGAAUGAAUCUGACUGUAGUAUUUUUGGGCUGUGGUUGACAGUUCCAAGCUAGAGGGACUUGGGAAGCUAUAAGUGACAGUCCAGGAAAAGCAAGAAGGUCCUAUUUAUGUUGUGACAAUGACAAUAGUGUAUAAAAGAUUACACUACACUUGACAUUCUUUUGAGAAGAGAAACUCUUACGCAAUAUGAAACUCUGCACUUAUGGACUUAUGAGGUCUCGGACCCUCUUCCACCUCUUCUUCCUAUUUCUGUUGAGUGAUUUGGGAGAAACGAAUCAGGCAAAUCGAAACUGCAAUGGGGACAAUCAGUAUUACAAUCCAAAAGCUAAGAAGUGUUGUGACAGAUGUGCCCCAGGCAAAUAUGUAAAGCGAGAAUGUGACUCUACUACACCAACACAAUGUGAAAACUGCACUUCUGGAUCAUACACCAAAAAGUGGAACUAUGUUGAAAAAUGUAGUCUGUGCAGGCCAUGUGGAUUAGAUUUUGUAGUAAAGUUGAACUGCUCGACCACCCAGGAAACAAUCUGUGAAUGUCAAGAAGGGUUUGAGUGUUACGAAAGGAACAAGCAGAGGUGCUUGGCUUGUCUCCCUUCUCCCAUCACACCUCUGCCACUGACAGAAAAAACCACAGGUGUUCACCAGAUUUCAGGAUUACCACCGGAUAAAUCGGUUUACAUUUCAGGUUCCUUUAUCUUGAUUGUGACUUUAAUUCUGGUGGUCAUUCUUGGUCUAAUGGUUUUCUACAUGUGCAAAAAAUGUUUCCUAUUGAAAAAAAUAGCAAAAAUACUCAUAAAGAAGAAUGGAACAGGUUAUCAAAAUGAGAAAGGAACUAAUACAGGGGGAGAUAUUAGAAAUGGACACCAUGCAAAUCCCCUCCUGCAACUAAUAGUGAAUGAGACAGCAGAUGGGAAGUACAUGGAUGCAGCACAGACUAUAACUAUCAGUGCACCUGAAAGAGAAACAGGCCAGUGUAUCGACAGAAUUCCAGAGACUGUCUCUCAAGAAGAAGAAUUACGAAACCCCUUGCAGUGUACAGGCAUCAGAAACAACCCAGAUGAACACAGCAUUAUCAACAUAUAUUCCAGCCCUAAAGCUGAGCUGGUGUUACCCCAGGCUGCGAAAGUUUGUGUCCGCACCCCUAAGCAAGUUGUUGAUACUCAUCUAAGCUUCCCAAUCCAGGAAACGCAACAACCGAAGGGUGAAGAAGAUGUGCACAUGGCAUUGGAAGCCCCAAGCCAUGUCUACUCUCCUACCCCUAGUGACGUACAUGGAUUUAUUGAUUAUACUGCUCUUGCGAAGACACACAACUGUAUCUGUCCUCUUGCCCCUGUGGAGUGACAGAGUGGUAUUUACAUUGCUCUCCCCACAUAAAAUCAAAACCCACACUUAGGGGUUUAUAUGCUGAGCAACUCUCUGGCUGGGCCUAUCCAAAGUCCAUAGUGAAAAGAUGAUGUGAAGUGCCACAACAGCUCACCAAAAGUGUGACACGCACUUACACAGAUUUGGUGCUUGCCACUCUCUUCCCUUCACGGGGUUAUAAUCUGACCCCUCCGUCUGCAGGAGAACUGAUAUAGGGAUAACGGUCUGAGUUACUAGCAGGACCUAUGGUCAAAGUCAAUGACAACAUCCAAGCGCUUCUUGUCACAGUGUUACCUCUAUAACUGUCAGCUGACAAUGGUUUAUAUUGUUGAAAUUUUACAUCACAGUAAUUCUCAUGUGUGUUAUAUUUUAAAACAAUAUAUGUAAUGCAGUCCAAUGGUAAACACGUAAAAAGGGCAAUGAAUGUGUUAUGGGUAUUAAUUGUGGAUCCAAGAAACAUCCCAGAAUCCUCAGCACUGAAGGAAGUAUUAUUGUAUCAGUAAGGGCUGGGUAUAUCUACAGAAUAAAAUAUUAAAUACGACAGUUCCGGAGCUUCGUGAAAAGGAAUGCAGGUGGUUUCCUGUGUAAGUUAGUAACCGUUUAGAACAUGACAUAAAAUGUAUUUACCUUCUCAUGAGAAAUUACUGGUAUCUAUUUUCUACACAAAGAGAGGAAGCAACAUGUUUAAAGCAAAGGAGAAUAAAACCGUUUUAGAUUUGACAAUAGAGAUCAAUUUUUUUUUUACCGCACUGAAGGAAACACAAGUCAGGAAAAUGGUUAAUCCCUGGCAGGGUUUGAGAAUUUGGGAAUCCAAACAGGGUCAUUCCCUAAAUCGAGAAUUCAGAGUGAAAUUUUAAAUUUAAGGCCAAAAUAGCCACAACCGAAAAUUUGAGGUUUUUUUUGUCUAAUUUGGCUAGUCUGGUCUGAAUUUUGAAAUUUACUUUGAAUUCCCAGAAAUUCUCACUUUAUUAAACCCUGCAAGUGAAUUCAAAGUUAUUUUUAAAGUUAUGGUCAAGUAGGUGAAUUUGAAAUACCGGCUAUACUUCCAGUUUGGCUUUUUGUAGUCUAAACUUUGAAAUUCACUUUAAAUUCACAUUGCAGAUCCACGCAAUUAUCAGUUUAGUAAAUAGCCCUGUAAAUCAGGAAUUAUGCACCACUUUUAUCAGUCAUGCAAAUCUUACAGGGUAACUGAGUAUGUGUGCAUUGUCAGGAAUGCCACGUGAAUUUCAAAUUAUAGUUAAGAAUAGAAAAAGUCAUGUUAAAGUUUAAUUUCAUUUUGAGCACACAUUGAAUUCCCAGUAAUACACACGUUAGUAAAUAACCUGGUGUAUGCAUUGUGUGUUGCCAAGAAAGAUCUACAAUCUUUUCUAAGAGCUGUCACGUUUUUCAAUAAAAGCUAUAAAUUGUGUGCUUUACCUGACUUCUCCUUGUGUUAAUAAAGUUUAUCAAUGUGUUUUAAA